AUGAGCAGAAUGGAAACUUUGAAGAGGCAUCUUCCUUUUUCUGGACCAGAAGGACUUCAAGAACUCAAGAAAAUUGCACUAAGGUUUGAGGAGAAAAUCUUCACCACAGCCACAAGCCAGUCUGAUUACCUGAGAAAAAUAUCAUUGAAGAUGCUGACAAUGGAGACUAAAUCUCAAAAUACUAUGAGCAAUUCUCUGCCACCCAAUUCUGCAAAUAACGGCAGAAGUCCCCCUGAUACUGGUAAUAGCAUUGAGCUGCAUAUUUCGUUGUGUUUUAUAUGA